GCUGUGAGAACCGCUGUCCGGGUGAAGGAAAGGGGCGGAGAAAGGGUGGAACUUCCUCUUCUCGCGGGAGCGGGGAACGCGGGAGUGCCACGUCCGACUGUGUGAAGCGGAGAGAAAGAAGACCCCAGAGCCGAUAUUCGCGAUGGCCCACGGAGUCCCAGGGGCCAGAUGCUGGGCAGCUGUGGGGUUGGUGACUUGGGUUGCCUUAGAGCUGCUGGUGUCAGGACUUGGGGGCCGCACAGACCUGCAUGAAGAUAUGCAUGAAGAUUUCCAUCAUUCUGGCCAUGGGCACUCACACAAGGAUUUCCACCGGCAUGACCAUGGGCACUCACAUGAGGAUUUCCACCAUCCUGGCCAUGGGCACUCCCAUGAAGAUUUCCAGCAUCAUGGCCGUGGACAUUUGCAUGAUGAUUUCCAUCAUGGUCACAGCCAUGCACCAGGACACCAUGGCCACACACAUGAAAACUUUUAUUAUGAGUCUGACCCUUUGCACAGUAGACAUUCACGUGAAGGAAAUGGACACAGAGAUCACACUCAUGACCAUGGACACAGCCAUGCUCAUGAAUAUGGACAAAGCCCUAAAGGCAUUGGGGAUUCUGAGGUUCUAGGCAGUGGGCAGGACUUGGACACAUUCAGUCUUUGGGCAUAUGCUUUGGGGGCAACAGUGCUGAUCUCAGCGGCACCAUUUUUCAUCCUAUUCCUUGUGCCUGUGGAAUCCAAUUCCCCCCAGCACCGAUCACUCCUGCAAAUCCUGCUCAGCUUUGCCUCAGGGGGCCUUCUGGGAGAUGCCUUCUUGCAUCUCAUACCUCAUGCACUGGAACCUCAUUCUCAUCAUGGGGAUGUAGAAUCUCAACUUGAGGAAAGGCCAGGACAUGGACACUCCCAUAGCCACCAGGGCCCCAUUCUUUCUGUUGGGCUCUGGGUUCUCGGUGGAAUUGUUGCCUUUCUUGUGGUGGAGAAAUUUGUGACACAUGUGAAGGGGGGACAUGGACAUGGACAUGGACAUGGACACGAGCAUGGCCAAUGUGAAUCCUCAAAGGAAAAACAGAGCUCAGAUGAGGAAGAGAAAGAGAAAGAAAUUGGAGGGGCAAGGAGGAGAAGAGGAGCAGGCAAAGAACCCAGUGAUGGUGCAGUGAAACAGCUUAAAUCUGAAGAGGAGAAAGGGGGCUCAGACAUGCGUGUGUCUGGAUACCUGAACCUAGCUGCUGACUUGGCUCACAACUUCACCGAUGGUCUAGCAAUUGGGGCCUCUUUCCGAGGGGGCCGUGGACUAGGGAUCUUGACCACAUUGACUGUCUUGCUACAUGAAGUGCCCCAUGAAGUUGGGGAUUUUGCCAUCCUUGUGCAGUCUGGCUGCAGCAAGAGGCAGGCGAUGCGUCUUCAACUGCUGACAGCACUGGGGGCCCUAGCAGGCACAACCUGUGCACUCUUGGCUGAAGGAGGGUCCCAGGGAAACAGUGCUGCUGGUAGUAGUGGCGGCCCAGGUUGGGUCCUCCCCUUUACAGCUGGUGGUUUCAUCUAUGUGGCAACUGUGUCUGUAUUGCCUGAGCUGCUGAGGGAGGCUUCUCCCCUGCAGUCCUUGCUGGAGGUUCUGGGGCUGUUGGGUGGAGUUGCUAUGAUGGUGCUGAUUGCCUACCUCGAAUGAGAGGUGGGAGACCCCUCCCCCUAAACCUUGGAGGGCAGUUUGACUUGGAUGGGGUCCACAAACCAAAGGGAGGAGCAGCCAAGUACCAGAAAGGUAAACGUCUAGAGGGGCAAUGAACUUGGGUUGGCCCUAUAGGCCUGAAGGUCUCAGGGAGCAGUAGACUUGAGAAUGAGACUCUAGAAUGGCUGUAGUAUUGAGAAUUGACUGACAGUGGAGUUGGGUUUUAGGUGGCAUGGCUAAAUGUGGCCAUGGUAGAAGGGCCAGACCCAAGAAGAAAGGAAGAGGGAGCCACAGAAUAGGGAUGCCUAUCACCUGUGUCCCCCAUACCUGUUCUCAAGGGACCAAGCUGCCCCCAGCUGCUCCUCCCAUCUUUCCUCUUGACGAGGGUGUGCCUUUCUCAAAGGCCUGAGCCCUAGACCGAGGGGGUGGAGGGGAGGAGUCAGGAUUUAGGUAAAUCGUGUGCAGUGAUUGGGAGGUGGGGGUGGACUUGGUAUUGAUCUUAUACCUGUUUAGUUUUUUGCUUUUUUUAUAU